CCAGCCGCAGCUCAUCAAGCACACACACACGCAAUAGUUUAUUAAGAUGAGUAUCACAAUGAAGAACAUCAUAACUGACAGUCUCAAGCCAUCUUCACGACCACGUCUACUCCUCCUAGCUUUAGUUUAUGUAGUUUUCACAUAUUUUUCAACUUAUUACAACAAAACAAUCCACGCACAUUGCUACGGCGAUAUUGUAAAGAAUGAAUGCCGUGGACACAAAUUUAGUCAAGAUAAUGUGAUGCAAAUGAUUUUAUUGAUUCUAUAUGCAGCUGUGGCAAAAGCAAUAAUGAUUAUAAUGGACCAGAUGCCAAAUAUUGAGAGUAAAAUUGAGAGCAAGGCGCCAAAACUUUUAUUUUGGUUUAUCGGAGCCGGCAUUGCGCUCUCAUCGACAUUCUCACAGUUGGGAAAAGAGCAUACGACUUACUCAAUUUAUACAGCCUUUGCAUCGUCGUUGCCAUUGAUUGCUUUGAUCAGCAGUUUAAUCCUGUCAAAGAAGAUCUACGAGGUCCAAAAGUACUUCAUAGUAAUGUCAAUAAUCUUUGGCUUAUUUUGGCACCUGAAUGACUCGAAACCUAGUUCUGGGGAUGUUCUUGGUGUCGUCUACAUGAUCCUCUUUGUCAUCAUCUUUGGAGCCACUCAAGGACUUACAGAACGAGUCAGAAUGUCCAAAAGUCCAUCAACAUUGAGUUACAUCAUGUGGAUUAAUCUUUUUGCAGCUCCGCUGUUCCUCAUUCCUGUAAUAAUUUAUGAUGAAUCAUUCAAGUUCUUCGUCCUUUCUGUUGAGAAUCUCGAUGUCUACUUUGAUAUUGGAGUCAUGGGACUUUUUGGAUUUGUCAUGAACUUCAUCACAUUCUUGAUCAUUGUUGAGUACGGAGUCCUUACAUCUGUAAUUCUUUAUGCAACUAAAGAUGUCUUUGUGACAAUUAUUGAGCGAAUCAUCGACGGAUCAAUCCUGUCUGCAGAUGAUCACAUGCUCAAUGUCAAAUGGAUUGGAUUAGGAAUUCUCAUGAUUGGAUUAAUAUCUGAUCUAGCCAUUGGCGAUCAAAAGUUCUGUGAACAUCAUAAAGAUCAAAUUGAAGUGGAACUAGCAAAUGCAACUGAGCUGCAGACUUUAAAUGCUAAUAAUAAUGAAAAUGGAAAGGAAGAUGAAAAGGAAUAAAAUUAUAUUUAAAUUAA